CAGGUGGGGAAUCCUGCCAGGACCCGUCCUUCCCUUCAGGGCAGUGUGUUUCCUUAUGCCUGGGGUGGGUCCAGAAAUGUCCUCCAGAAACUAAAGCCUGGACCCAGGGGCUUCAGGAGUCUGCUUGGUACUCAUGUGGCUGAGCUGGUACCUAAAUUGUAAAACAAAGUCCUGAACUCUUCCCUUUCCUUUCCCCACAUUGAAGAAGACUCUCCCUGAGCUGCACUGCCUGAAGUUGGGGGCAGGGGGACACAGGCACUGGCUUGGCUGCUAUGGUUGGUGUCUCACUGGGUCAUGUGUACCCCAAAUUUAAGCUUUAGUAACUUCAGAAAAAUAGGUGCUACAAAUUUACCCCCAAGAUUACUUGAAGUUUUAAUUAUGUAUGUUUAUACUAACUUUAGUUUUGUGGAUGUUGAAUAAUGAAUUAUUAGUUUUAAUUAUUUGAGUUAGCCCCUCUGAUUCAAAACAGUAAGGCUUACUGUAAAACAAAAAAUGUACUAUUCAGCAUUCAUGAAAAUAAGUAUAAAAAGACUUUAGGUUUUAUAUAUGGGCUGGUGUGAGGCAAAACUGUUCUGUAGACAACAUGGAUUUGAGGGUAUGUGUGACCCUGAGAGUACAAAUGUCUGGGUACAAGCAGAAAUUCCAGGUAGUUCAGACUUCUAAGGUGCUAGUCAAGGGCUCCACCCGGUAACAGGGGUCUGAGUAAUAUCUGGAUUCUGAAUGAAACAAACACAAUUUCACAGAAGCAAAUAUGAUAAAGGGUGGAGUUGGAAAAUGGGAUGGCAGGGGAGGGCAGAGGGGCUCCGGAGGUGGAGGGAUCUGGUGGGUGGGGGAGGGGCAGUGGCCACACCCUCCUGUCGUCCCCUCCCCACCCUCAGAAACCCUCUGUGACUCUCCUGUGCUCUGUGAUUCAGGCCUGGGACUAUAGCCAGGUGCAGGCACCCUCAGAGCUCAGUUGCUUCAGGCAGCCAUGCCAUUCACACAAUGGAGAACAUUCUCUGUUUCCCAAGCUGCCACAUAGAGCCAUGGCUGAGCUUUGGCUCAACUGUUUUGGAUACGGACCCCCAAUUUGUCUUUCUGGGUGGAUUGGGGUUACUGUUUCUAUACCUGUUCUACCUGGUAAUGAAAUCAUUUUUUUCAACCACCUUGGAAAAUGAAGACAUCACAAAGGACAGAGCCAAGAGGAGAAGGAAUGGUGGGACGUUGAAAGGUCAGAGAACUCACCAGUGCAAAGCAGAGGAGGAAAGGAAGCUGUUUUCUAUUCUGAUAAGCUUUGUACCUCCUGUCUUCUACAGCCCCUGGGUUGACAAUCAUGAUACCAUGAGCUUUCGUCAGCUGUUAUGUCCAGACCCACUCUGUGAUGUGUGCAACAGCACAACUGCUGAGAUCAUGAAAGUGCUGCUCCGACAGUCCCUGGAAGAUGCUGCUCCCUCUGUGUCACUUUUAGGUUAUCCAGUUUCUGUGACAGAGUCAUCACAUACUUUCUCCUCCACCCUGUCAGUAAGCCCCCCAGGAGAAUUAAUACCAGCCCCUCUGCCUGAGCCUUCUCCACCUCCUGCCUCCUUUCUCUCACCUGACCUGAUGACCCCCUUACCUGACUUACCUUCACCUUCACCACCGGAUGACCCUCUGCCACCAGAGCCCAUUUCUCCCUCAAAUUCCAAACCCCUAGUGGACCCUUCUUCACCCCAGCCACUUGCCUUUCCCCCUCUCCCCCCACAUCACACUCAGGGAGCAGACCCUGUUCUCCAACCAGAGGCCACUUUGUCUGUAAAGACCAUCUUUGCAUUUGACCCCAUCCUCUCCCAAGACAUCAGCCCCUUACAAAAUUCAUCCCUGGCAAUAGAUCCCACUGAUACCCAUGCUUGUCAUCAUGCACCGCCAACCCCAUCUGCUUCACCACUGCCAGAUGGCACCUUAACUGUGACUCAAUCCAAAUCAACUUCCAGCGUGUCAAAGCCUGUUCUGGAAGUGUCAUCUCCAGCUAGCACUGAUGAACUGUCCACUUACGUCCCAACAAUCAGAGGCAUUGACCCUUCAAGUUUUGCAAUUUUAGAAUUCUCCUGGUGGCAGCCUCAUGCCCAGGACUUGUUCCCCUCCAACUUGGCACCAUGUGACUUCAAGCAAGAGCUUUCUGCCCUCCAUUCUUCUGAGGCUUCUUUUGUGGGAGACUCUGCAGCCAUCCUUAUUGAACCUGGGAAACUCUCUUUUUUCAACCCUGAUAUUCUGGCACUGUUGGAGAGACAAGUUAAAAAGAGGAGUGAUUUCCUGAUGUGGAAGGAAAAGGGAAAGAAAAUGGGAUCUUUUCCGAAGCAACUUAAGUCAGACUACCGACUAAAUUCUUCAGCCCAACUGUUAGUGUCAACUGCUGAUAAACAUGGCUCAGCAGUUUCUCUUCCUUUGUGGACCAGCACAGAUAAACCAGAAGAGUUGCAUGCGCAUCCACAGCAUAUAUAUUCUAAGACCUUUGAGGACAAUUUAAAGCAAAAAUAUAUACAGCUCUUCUGUGGUCUCCCAUCUCUGCACAGUGAGUCCCUGCAGUCUACUGUCCUCAUCCUGGGUGGUUCUUCCUCAACCUUUGUGCUCUUCAAUGGAAUCUCAAAUGCCUCCGUAGCCCAAGAAUCCCCAGUACUUCCUCUUCCCCAACCUCUGUCCUUGCCUGAGGCCCAAUCUCAACUUUUGCCUCAAAUCCUGCCUCCAUCUCAGCCCCUAGCCCUCACUCAAGUCCAAUCCCAGGCCCAACUUCAAUCCCCAUUCCCAAUCCUAUCAUCUGAUUCUCUAUCCCAGAUUAGGAUCUGUGGAGUAUGUUUUCAUAAACCCCAGAAGGAGGCACAGAGUCUUAUGCCAUCUGAAAUUCAUCACCUAGAAUGGAAUGUGUUGCAGAAAGAACAGGAAAUUAUGUGGGGUUUACCCUCUGUGGUCAAGAAAUCUCAGAAAGACUUUUGUCCUCCAUCUCCCAACCUUACACUGGUCAGCCACUCCUUCAAGGCUCAUGUUCCAAUCUCUAUCCUUCCUGGAGAUUUUCCUCUCAGCAGUGAGCUUCGGAAGAAACUAGAGCACCACCUUCGAAAGAGGCUCAUCCAACACCGGUGGGGCCUGCCCCGCAGGAUCUAUGAGUCUUUGUCACUGCUGAAUCCUCAGAGAAAAAUUCCUGAGACAUCUGAGUCAAAGUGCCAUUAUGGACUCUCAUGGAUCUCUUUCUUUAAAAGUCAAGGCAGUAAAGAUCUAGAGAAUUCUGGAUUGAGUCAAUCUGGAAGCCUCCAUGAGAGAUGCUCAGAAAUGCUUUCACUAAAGAAGAAUGUGAGGAAGGAUCAGGGACAUAGCCUAGAGAAUGGCCCGAAAGAUCAUCUGUUGAAUAACCCAGAGAGGUCUUCAGAUAAGGGUCUAGGGUCUCACUCUGUGAAAGACGUAGAACAUCACAUGGUGAGUCUUCCAGGGAAUAAUUCAAGGGCCUCAAGUAUGAGCCUGGGUCCAGAACAACUUGAAAAUGCCCUGACAGCACACUUGAGCAAGAAAUUUGAGAAAAUCAGUGAGAGUCAGAUUUCUAGGACUAUGCAUAAUUCAUGUCAUUCUAUCAAGCAAACAGUGCCUCUUCCUAAGAAAUCCCACAGCCAAAUAAAACACAGAAAUUUGGUAUCAUUGGUGGGUGGGAACCACAACCUGAAUACCUCCCAGGAGGUUUUCUCUGUUGGCUCCAGCCAGCAAGAGCUGUUGGAAGACCAUAUUAAAAGUUAUUAUAUGAGGAUGAUAUGGGGUCUUCCCCCCAAGGUCCUUGAAUCCAUGGAAAUCUUUAACUCAAAGAAGGACUCAUCGGAAUCUUUACCUAACUUUGCCUCUUCAACCUACCUUAUUUCUGGGGUGGAUUCUAAGGAUGGAGUUUCCAGGCCCCUUAGAAGAAGCUCUAAAGCUUUUCAUGAAGAACAGGUGAGAACAACAAAUUCAGUUCCCAUCCUGGAUCAUGUCUUCCCUGUCCCCUCACCUGUGGGCAAAGGAGGACAGGGAACCUUAAGACAAUCACCAUCUGAUACCAACCAUGAGCUUACAGAGAACCUCCAGACAAUUGAGGAUGGCAAACAGACUUUUCUGGCCCCCCCUCAUAGCAGCAUAAACAAAGCAAGUCAGAAGCCCUCUAUACUAACCAACAGAUACAGGCCAAAGCUGCCCACAAGGCAAGCUGGGGCUGGACAUAAGCCAGUGGAUGUGAAAAUGAGUUCCAAUGAUGGAGCAGCAAGGCUUCAGGGCAAAAGGAUAAAGAAUUUGGAACAUUUUCCCAAACUCAACAGGUCCAGGGAGAUAUUCAAGGCACAGGAGCUUUAUGCUCUUCAAUAACAAUCCAGUAAUGACUUGACAACUCGUCAGUUGGAAAGCUCCCCAGUGAUAAACAUGUUCCAUUUCAUUUA